AUGGCCCUUUUGAGUGAGUAUCGCUUCGCGGGCGGAGGGUAUCCCCGAGCAAGUGUUCACAACAGCAGUCGAAGCGGCGGUCUGUGCUCAGCAGCGCUGGUGGGCGGUGCACUUCUGGCUGCUGUGGCGGUAUUGGCGGUCGCCGCACUAGCCUUUUAUAUGGGCGCACUGAGGCCGGACAAUGGAGAACCAAUAAUCGCUUUCGAUGGUACAUUCCGUGUGACUCGAGGUGAUGUAUAUGGUGGAGUGCCAGGCAGCCCUUCAUACAAAGAGCGUGCUCGGCGCUACACUGCCGCACUUCGUCAAGUAUAUGCUAAUCCUUCGUCGUUAAGACCAGCUUUUACUGGAGCUAUAGUAACAGGCUUCGGCGACCGAAGACUAGAUGUUCAUUUCAGACUUUAUCUUGAUAGAAGAAAAAUACCCAGUACUCUGUCGAACAUCGAAGAGACGCUAAAAAAUAUUCUUAUUCAAGAUUUAAAUUCAAAACACCCAGCUGUAGGUCAAACGAUCAAAGUAGACACGUCGAGUAUAAUCAUUAAAAGAGAUUUAGAACAUACAUAUCAUUCAGAAUCUUAUGUCAAAGAAGCCAUGAACGAAAGCAUGUCAAUAACAAGCCCAAAGGGUACACCUUUACCAGCUGGUACAGAUAAAACCCUUCAAACAAGAGUCGGCGUUGUUCGGAAGACCACAGUUAAACCAAACCAAAAAAAGGAUCCAGACGAACCAGAUAUUGACACCGAAAAUAUUCCUGUAGUCCAAGGAUCAUUUCAAAUUACUAAGACUGAAGCCGAUAUAACAGAAAAUAAAAAAAUAAAUUCUAGUCCACCGCGUCAUGAUGAUAAAUUAAGUCAUAAACCCACACCAGUAAAGACUGCAACAACAACGACCACAACUAAAGCUCCUGUUACAAAACCAACUACGCGAACUACAUCUACGAAAAGAUCUCCUACUAGCACACCAAAAACUCGUCCGUUUACUAUAAAAUCCACUUUAAAUGUUAAACCAAGGACAGAAUCGACACCUAAAGUGGCAGUUCAAAAAACUACUAUUACCCCAGUUAAUACGACCACAACUGCUGUACCUACAACAACUACAGUCAUGUCGACUACUAAUAAUGUGUCCCAACUACUACUUGACCUGUUAACAAGUGAAAAUCAUUAUAAAGACCUGCCUAAAAUUGAUUCACUAUUUACUGUACCUCAUGUAAUUGAUAAUGAGCCUUGGCGGCCCAUAACCCAACCUUACUAUGAACAGACAAGUAGGUCACCAAUUCUCCUAGAUACUAGCAGUGAUUUAAAUGCUGAAGACAGAAUGGGUGUUGCAGAAGUGAUCGACGAUGUAUCAAUAAUAGAAAGUAUGUUGAGCCCGAUUCCACCAGUAAAACAUAAAGAUAAAGUUACACCUCGUCCCUUAAAUGUACACAAUGUUGACCCUGCAUUAGCAGCUGACAUUUACGUGCCUAGUCCUGUCUACACAAGCUUUACGCUACCGACAUUUGCACCACCUUUGAGAAACAUGGAAACUCUAGGAGGACAUUAUCCAAAACCACAUCCUAUUCCAGUUGACAAAAUAAGUGGUGUUGUAGAAGUGAUUGAUGACACUAAACUUAGUUACGUAGACGAUGGAAAGCCAGUGGAACGACCACCGAAAGACAAGCAAACAAGUGUAUCUAUAAACGUAUUAGAAUUAGAUAAUGCAUAUAACGAUACAGAAAAAUUAACAUUAGAUGGAACAUCAAUACUAAAGAAACAUGAUACUACGACUUCUAGUACUACAAGCACUUACACACCGACCACAAAGUCAACAAGUAUCACGACUUUUAUGAAUUCUUCCUCCACCACGCCAAAAUUAGAAGUAGUAAACAUAACCGACAAAGCUAGUGAAAAACAGAUCGAUAAUACUACGAAAGAGAAUUCAACUCGGCGACCUAACAACAAAGUAUCUAUUAUACCAAGUACAAGUGCACCACAUUUGACAUGGGAAUUAAUAAAUACAUCAACAAACGAUAAUGGUACUUUUAACAAAUAUUCGCCUGAAACAUAUUAUAAUGAUACCUUGCAAGCUAUAAUUACAAAAAAUGAUGAAGUAUUUCCAAACACUACGCCAAAAUUUACUGGUAAGGUUUCUAUUUUAAGAAAUCUUACUGAAGUUAUAAAAAAAGAUGCGCAAAAUACAUCUGAGAAGCCUGAAGGAGACCUCACUAAUUUAGAGGUUGAAGAGCGACAUGAUCAUGACAAGAUGACCGGGUCUGUAGAACUAGUGCCCGAUGACGAAUUAGAAUUAACAACGGCAGGAGUGAUAACAUUAUUACCGGCUAAAUCAAAUCUCGGUGUAAAUAGACCCCUUAGACCCCGACCAAAAGUUAAACCCGAGUCUCAACCUAUAAAAGAAAAUUUACGCAGUUUUUUUCGCAAUGGUCCCGAAGCGCAAACAUCAAUUGAUAAUUUGAGUACCGAGAACUAUUUCCAAAACUAUGAAAUUGAUCGUAACAGUGAAGAAAUUCAAUUAACAGAUAGUUCAGACCUUGUAACCCAUAUUGAACAACAAGAUGCAAUAAUCUCACCGUCAGUAACAGAAAGUUUAAAAGUUAUUAACAUACCUGAAAAUCUCUCUACUAGUAGUCGAUUCCCAAAAUCAAAUGAAAACCUACAUUUUUCGAAAGAUUUGAAUGAAACUCAUGAGCUGCCAGAAGAUUCAAAUAUAACUAAUGUCCCUCAAGGCACUUACAGAGUGUCAUAUCACGUCACUGGUAGUGUAAGUAGCAAGCGUGCAAAUAAGACCCAAAAUCUGCCCGCGUAUGAAUUGGCGUUAGAUCCAGACGUUGUAUUAGAAAUACCUAUUAAUCAAUCAAACACUUUAACGAUAGACAAGCUUAGACAACUUGCUAGUUUGGCUACUAUAUCUGAUUCUAAUAAUAAUACAUUGUUUCGAGCACCAGGCGGCGUGAUUUCUACAAAAGCAAUACCAUCUAGCUACACACUGAAUCAAGCGGGUUUUAAAAUAUUAACCAAAACUUACAACAAAGUGCAAAAUCCGAGUAAACAAGAAGAAAAUAGUCUAAACAACCUGGUUUCUUCCCUUAAAGAAAUUUAUGGGAAGCCAACAAAGCCUCAAAAGGAAAAAGAAAGCAAUAAAGCCCAGAAGGAAGUUGUAAAAGAAGAAGAGUGUAAUAACGCGACUUCGUUUCGUUGUUUGGGAGGUGCAUGUCUUCCACUGACAUCCCGCUGCAACCGUCUUCUAGACUGCCCAGGCGGAGAGGACGAACGUUCAUGUUCUUGUGCAGACUAUUUACGCGCAGACUUUUCGCAAUCAAAAAUUUGCGAUGGUGUCGUUGAUUGUUGGGACUAUUCUGAUGAAAAUAAGUGUGAUUGGUGUAAAGACGGACAAUACGUGUGUGCCAAUGCUCGUCAAUGUAUCGAACCGGCUCGUGUUUGUGAUGGAACUCCAGACUGUCCGCUAGGGGAUGACGAGAAGAGUUGCGUUGCCCUCGCUGAACAAUUGGAGGACAACGAAAUCAUACCAUAUAACGAAGAAGGCUACGUGAUGGUGCGUAAGAGAGGCGUCUGGGGUCGGCUUUGCGUGGAGAGUUUCGCAGAUGUUGUGGAACAAGCACACAGCUCCCUUAAACUCCCCGAUCUUGGAAGAGCCGUUUGCCGAGCUAUGACCUUCCACGAUGCUGGGUGGGCUCGCGAGGCUCGUGAGGGCCGCAAGUCUAGCUUGUCUGGCUACUGGGAGGUGUGGCACAACGCGGAUGCGCGUGCGCACGACACGCGACUUACCUUUAGAAGAGCUUCGUGUGCGAAAAAACGAGCCUUGCGUGUGCGAUGUACUGGUCUUGACUGUGGGAUACGACCACAUGCCGAUGCUCAACAGCCAAGGGUGAAUUAUACUGACGAGCACGUGCGUCGGGGCAGGGUCGUGGGUGGCGACGGAGCAGCAGCCGGCGCAUGGCCGUGGCAGGCCGCUCUCUACCGGGACGGAGACUUCCAGUGCGGUGGCACAUUGAUUCACGCGCAGUGGCUACUCUCUGCCAGCCAUUGCUUUUACCAGGCGACGGAAGCUCACUGGGUAGCACGACUAGGCGCUCUUCGUCGAGGAGCAUGGCCUCGCGGUCCAUGGGAAAGAGUUGCCCGCGUACGUCAGGUCGUGCUUCAUCCGAAGUACGCGCCAAGAGGGUUCCGUAACGACAUUGCGUUGCUCCGACUGGAUCCAUUACCGCUGCACGCUCGGUUGCGACCCGCUUGUCUGCCGCAGCCACGGGCUCAGCCGCCUGCAGGCCACCACUGCACAGUCGUUGGUUGGGGUCAGCUUUAUGAACAUGAACGAGUCUUCCCUGACACAUUACAAGAGGUGGAGCUGCCAGUGAUAUCGACAGCAGAAUGCAGACGUCGUACGCGACUCCUGCCGCUGUACCGUGUCACGGACGACAUGUUCUGCGCGGGCUAUGAACGAGGUGGACGCGACGCCUGUCUAGGUGACUCCGGCGGACCGCUCAUGUGUCAGGAAUCAGACAAAUGGUACGUCUACGGUGUGACAAGUAACGGGUAUGGAUGUGCACGAGCAAAUCGCCCUGGCGUUUACACGAAAGUGUCGCACUACAUAGAAUGGAUCGACAAUACCAUAGCGAUCCACACCCCAUUGUAUAACCACACCAGCAACUUGGACGAAGAUGAAGAGUUCGAUGAAGACUUUUAUUCUGAUCUCGAAACUGCGGAGAACAGACGAGCGAAUAGAAUAGACACUUGUAAAGGGUACAGAUGCCCACUGGGCGAAUGCUUGCCCGCUACAAGCGUAUGCAACGGCUUUUUAGAAUGUUCUGAUGGGAGUGAUGAGUGGCAGUGCAGUAAACCUGCGCCAAACAAUUCCAGUUUAGACCCUGAUUGA